ACCCGAGAGCUCGUCAUGUUCGACAUGCGUGGUGAAUUCGUCCCAUAGCUCACGCAAGAAUAUGUUGUCCUCGGACGAUUAUUUGGAGGUCAUAGAGGUAUAAAGCGAGCGCAGCUUGAGCCUGUCCAAAUCAACACUCUCACCGAGUGAACAACAGCACGUACUCCCAAUCCCAAGCACUCUCCGCCACAAGUUCUAAUCACCAUGUUCUUCUCUCCCAAGUUGCUCUACCCUGUCUUCGCCGUGAUCAGCGUCGCUUCGACCGCGUUCGCAUCGCCGGUCGCUGCGCCUGUCGCCGAGCUUGUCACCAGGCAGAGCGAUCUCGUGAGCGAGAUCCAGAGCUUCCAGUCCACCGUUUCUCCCCUGAUUGACCAACUGAGCCAGGCGGCCGCCACAGGUGCUGAUCCCUCUCCCGCUGUCGAUCAGCUCUCGUCUGCCUUCAGCGACUCGACCAACUCCUUCAAGUCCAAGAAGGGUGCUAUCCUUGCCGACGUUGAUGUCACCGUCUUCCUCGAUGUCUCCCUAGAUAUCGUAGUGAAACUCGUCGUGGCUCUCUCCAAGUUCCCACUCCUCGAUCUCUUCUUGUCUGCCAAGGUCGAUGUCAUCCUCAGCGCCUGGAUUUCUGCCUUAGGCGUCGUUUCUCCCGGUAUUGCUCCAAAGAUUGGCAAAGGCAUCCCUACCGCUGACAUCGGUAUUUUCGCGAUCCUGAAGCUCUUGCUCUCUGCGAAGGUUCUGGCCAUCGUCGACCUGCUCGGUAUCAUCAAGUUGUAAAUGUCCCCAUAGAGUAGCUGGUGGUUAUCGCGGUUUGUCCAUAGGUUCUUCGUGAUAUCCGGCGUCCAAUACGUAGGACUACACGCACUCGAACAAUGUGUUUGUGUACUUCUUUUUUUUUGCUUCAUGGUUUCGACCGUUUUGUUUCGUAACAACCUGAUAUGUCAGAUCUGUACCGAAAGAUUCAGCGAUGUGAUUUACGGAUGUGACAGAUACAUGUUGUCUCAAGAAUUAAGCAUCCGAUCCGCAAUGUACAGAGAUGCUGCUUUUCAUACACUUUCCUAUCCACUCUUGGAUUUA